CAACCUCUUAGCACUCUAUCAUGCCCUGUGGCAACAGCACCCAUGCUCCUUCCACGCCAUUGAUCUAUCUGAACACCCCGGUGCCAAGUUGCCAAGCGGAUCAACAUCGAUGGUCAUCCGCUCGGUAUAUGAGAGCUUGUUUAACAAGUUCUCCUGGAGUGAGCGCAAUCUUAUUGUUCAUGGAUCCGCUGGUAUCGGGAAGACAUAUUUCCUGUCAUACGUCCUCGUCAGGCGACUUCUCGCUCGCCAGCCUGUAACCUACCAGAUCGAUGAAUCGGACGCGCCCGUCCUGUGCUUCACCCCCGACGGCUUUUUCGCUCUCCCACAGGAGAACAGCGAGUACCACCCCCUAUUCCAACGUAAAGACGUGCUGCACCUCAUAGACAGCGCAAGUCAAGACACCGACACGCACCCGAGCACCGAGCACACUCGUGUGUUGAUGCGGGGCACAUGCGGCAAGGCCAUCUUCACUACGUUCUGGACAGACAGUCUGGGUCUCGACAUCAGAUGGGUGCCCGAGUACGAUUUCGCGGAUCGGCAGUGCAUGAAACCGUGCACAUUUGACGAGAUAUUUGCGAUGAGUGCUCUCACGUCAGGACAGGAUGCUGUCGAGUCCCUACGAUGGUCGUAUACCCACUUCGGGUCUAACGCACAUUCCUGUCUGCAAGCAUCUCAUCAUUCCAGUGAUGCUGAUCGUUAUCUCCACGAGUUAGAGCGUGCCCACGAGAAUUUUUGGAGCAUGCAACCCACACUGCGCGAACGAGAAGCCCGAAACAGCCGUAACCUCUUCGCCAUUGAACCUGGAACACCAUACACAGAUCCGCUCCCAUAUCCCGUGUCACAAGUCGCUAGUAAGCUCCUGGCGGACGCGGUCGUCUCCAUGGACUCAUCCGCCGUGAAGGAGAUUGCCGACAACCUGCUAAAAUCAGAGGAUACGAACGGGGCGGGGAAGAUAUUUUAUCGUCACGCUGUAGUGGCCCUCAUGUCGAGAUCCGGAGGGGUCUUCAAGCUCGGGCGCCCUGAUCUGCAGGGGCUUUGCCAUCCGGCGAACGAAGACUUUGUGCUACGGACAAAAAUCCAUGUGGCGCCCAAGGACCAGCGGGCCAUGACCCGAAGUUCUACAUACACCACACAACGUGAACUCGCAACAUUGGCAGAGAACUGUCCCCAGGUUCUCCUCUCCCCAAAACAUGGGCUCAUGCAUCCAGGCAUUGAUGCAGUCAUGUUCGAUGACAGCACGUCGACAAUGUGGCUCGUGCAGGUGGCGCACGAAUCCCAUCGCCCGGUCUCUCCGUAUGGACUUCUCUUCUUGCUGGAUGUCGUACGGGGCAGCUCUUACGAACCAUCCCCAAACCACCCCUGGCAGUUCGUAUUCGCCACACGGGGGCAACCCACCAACAUCUUCUUCCAGCUCAGCGGGAAGAAGCGGACGCAGUACUUUUCCACAUUAUUCUGGAAGCCACGUGUAAAGCCGUACAUCAUGCAACUGCGCGACACGGAUCGCGAUGUCCAAUCUUCGAGCGACCCGUACGAGCAGUGGGGUUUCCCGUACAAGGCUCCACAGAAGAGCUCGCACACUGGCCUCCCGCAGCGCCUUGCGAAAUCACUGGCGCACCUCGUUCCAACGUCCAAGCACACAACCAAAUCUAACCUCGCGACCCAGGACAAGAUGGCAUCGGAAAUUGAAGGUGCAAUCAUACAGAACUCGGGCGUGCCGGGCGCUCAGUUGCUCGGAGAUAUUGCGAGGGAGCAACCGCUGGGCCCGGUCGACCACUAUAUGCGGAGUGAAGACUAACAGCUGGGGGAAGAAGUAUGCUGAUGAGAGUGAAAAUACUUACUUGUAUUUGUGCGAUGUCUCGUGGUUACUCUAAUAUUCAUAUUUUAUUUACCACAUCUCCCGGGUCGUGUCACCUAUCACGUCCCAAGUUU